CAACGUAUUCAUGCAGAGGUAGAUUUCAACGCUUGAUUGCCACCUGUGAAUAUUUCACUUAUGUAAAAUACCCAGAGCUUUAAUGACCCGAAUGCAAAGGAGUGUCGAGGCCUUCAGAAUUAGUUCCAUCCAGUGUGGUAAGUGAUUCACAGUCACGGAGAAAAUGGCAGAGGAUUUCGCAAAUGUACAGGGCCGGAGGCACACGAAGGGGAAAGAUGCCGCCCCUCUUGAACGACGGCCGUCAUCAGAUCCAAUGAGUAAAGAUGAGGAAGUUGCAGAUACUGUCCAGUUGAAAAGGGAGAUGGGUUUGAUCCGAGCGGUAGCAAUCAUCGUCAGUGCAAUGAUUGGUUCAGGGAUCUUCAUCUCACCACAGGGGAUCUUACGAGGAGCCAACAGCGUAGGAAUGAGUCUCAUCAUCUGGAUUGUAUGUGGUGGUGUUUCCUUUUUGGGUGCCUUGUGCUACGUUGAGCUGGGAACAGUCCUCCCUCGAGCUGGUGGUACUUAUCAGUACAUCUUGCACGCCUACGGUGACCUAGCUGGAUUUGUGGUGUCUUGGGCUUACGUAGUUAUCCUGAAGCCAGCUAGCGCUGCCCUGGUUUCAAUCACUCUUGGUACCUAUAUAUCCGAUUACGUCAUCCCUGGUGACUGCGCACCUCCAAACGAAGCCAUCCAGCUCUUUGCUAUCCUGUCUGUCACGGUCAUGAUGUUCGUCAACUGUGUCAGUGUUCGUUACUCCAGUGGAGGAGUCGUUAUUUUGACCAUUUCCAAAGUCGUAGCUUUGCUGAUAAUAAUUGCUGCAGGCAUUGUGCAGUUAUUUAAAGGGCGAACACAGUAUCUGAAUCCAGAAGUAUCAUUCCAAGGAUCUACCACGCAGAUCCUAGGUUACGGUACGGCACUGUACUAUGGGUUUUGGGCCUACUCUGGUUGGGACUAUGUCAACAAUUUGAUGGAGGAGUUGAAGAAUCCUGCAAGAGACCUGCCGUUGUCAAUCGCCAUUGCCGUACCGAUUGUGACCGCCAUUUACCUGCUGACUAAUAUCGCAUAUUUCACCGUACUCUCACCCAAUGAGCUGCUUGCUUCCAGUGCAGUCGCAGUGACGUUUGCGGAGCGAACCCUUGGAAUCAUGGCUUGGCUGGUCCCGUUGGGAGUGUGUAUCUCCACUGCGGGCACCCUAUUGGGCAGUUUCUUGUCCGGACCAAGGACUGCAUUUGCUGCAGGACGAGAAGGCCAUAUGUUAUCGAUCCUAUCUAUGGUCAGUGUCAAGUAUCAUACCCCACUGCCUGCUAUUCUUUUACAGGGACUCGUUGCGAUCGUACUGAUCCUGAUGGGUGACUUCAAUUCCAUCAUCGUGUACGGUAGCAUCGUUCAGUGGAUUCUCUUUCUGGCUGCAUUUGCGGCAGUAUUUGUGCUGCGACGCAAAUAUCCAGAUACACCCAGACCUUUUAAGGUUAAUAGUCUGGUUCCCAUCCUUGCAAUCAUUGCCUCUAUCUUUAUGGUUCUGGCACCAAUUAUCUCCGAUCCCAAGCUAGAGUACCUGUACGCAUUCGUGUUACUUGCAUUGGGCCUCCUGGUCUACAUCGUGUUCGUACGAGGAAAACGACAGCUUCCUUUCAUGGAUCAAAUGACUGUAUUUUGUCAGAAGUUGUUUCUCGUCGGCCCAUCACGUGCUUAAGAUGCUGCCUGGCAGUGUUGUAGUCGAGUCACCAAUGCUUAGUCUGACUCCGAGUCCUGAGUCACAAGCUUAGUCUCGAGUUCGAGUCUGAGUCACGAUUCACUUGUUUUUUUAGACUGUUGUUCGCCAAACUAAUCAUUUUUUAAAAAUAUUUUUCAAUUAUCCAGUCUGUCUUUUAAGUAAAUCCCAGUGUAUAUAGUUUACCUUGUGUGUAUACAUGUUGUUUAGACCCAAAAUGUGUUUUCCUUUUUAAUACUGGACACUUUUUAGCAUACGACACCGGGCCCUGGUGCUCGUCGAGCAGGCGCCAGGCGUGCGUGCGCGGCCCCUGGAUACGAUUUACCGCAGCGCCGUGUUUUGUCCAUGGAGUCAAAAAGAAUGCUACGGUCGUCUCCCAAAUACGUAACGUUACGUUUGUUUCUUUUUGAUGAAAAUACGUGACUCGAGUCACGAGUCACCAAGCUCGAGUCCGAGUCAUCAUGGUCGAGUCCGUGUCUGAGUCAUUUUCCAAUGUGACUCAAGUCGAGUCCGAGUCGCAAAAAAUGUGACUCGAGUCCGACUCGAGUUCGAGUCCUGGACUCGAGUCCUACAACACUGCUGCCUGGACUGGUCAUGUGCAGCCACGCCUAUUUUCCCGAGAAGGGCCUACAGCCUGCUGCAACUACUGUGGUGGAGAUUUUGCCGUGAAGGAUGGUAGAAUGGCUUGCACAAAUCAAGUGAUAUUUACUUAUUCAGGUUAUGGAUGGGUUUUCUCUUUCUUGACGGCUGAUCUAAAAUAUACUUUCAGUACAAAUUUCAAUUUAACUGGGGUAAUGUUGUUUAUAAACUUCACGCAAACAGUGAACAGAUUUGUUUGAAUAUAAAUAUUGGUUUAAAAGGUAUCUAACUGAUGUAAAGAUGAUAGUCGAUUCAGAGUUUUCUCCGCAACAUUUUCUUGUACAUAUAAAUGGAUGUGUGCAUCACGAGAAGUGGUAUGAUCUUCACUAACAAAUAAUUAUUUUCGGGUUUAACUUGUUUCUAAUAUAGUUUAUGGUGAGAUUAUUGAAUUAUAUUAAUGAUAUAAUGGUCCAGGGGUACAACAGGCGCCGCUACGCCCCAGCCCCAUAUCCCGUAUGGUGCUAUAGCCUGUCACAGUUGCUGUGGUGGAUGUUGUCCCUUGUAGGAUAAUAUAAUAGCACAUAGCCCGUAAAAAUUAAGUAACAUUUGCUUUAGGCCAAGAAAAAAAAGUCUCCGGUUUCUGUUAUGGAGUUUGCCCAAACAGUGGUGCGGCGACGAGGCUUUUUUUUUUUUUUACAGUUUUUUUUCUUCUUCAAAUGUCGGCUGAUGACUGCAACUGGUGCCCGACUAAACUAAGUGCAAAUAUAUGGGAGUCCAGAGAGGCCAAAUAAAGCUCAUUCUCGGCCGUAACCCCAUGUAAAAAACACGUUAAAAUUGUGCAGCAGCAGGAUUCCAGUCAAACCAGUGUCUUUAGCGGUUUUGAGACAUCAUCUUUCAUUGGAAAAACAACUUUUUCAUUUUGCCGACGCGCAUGGCUACGGCGACGCGCGCGCAUACCAGAAACCAGAGACUUUUUUUGGCUUAAUAUAUUAGGUUGUAGCCUUGUUUUUUUGUCUCGACAGCUGAUCUAAAAGAAUGAGUACACAUUUUUAUUUUUCCUAUAAUGUAAUUUUUUUAAUUUUGAGGAAUCAGUGAAAAGUGUAAAGUUAUGUUGCUGAAGUAUUUGUAUUGCAAUUCAAUAAAACGAAUGCAAUUCAAACGCUUUAAAAAUGUAAAUAGAAUUGUUAUUUACUUUUACUUUCAUUUUCGUGACAAUAUUUUAUUAUUUCAAUAAAAUGUGGUUUAAAAGUAACUGGACGUAAAGUAA